AUGAAGAUGAUUAAAAAGAGAAAAUUUUCCAGUUAUACUGGCGUAAGAAACAUUGUUUUCUCUGAAGUCUCCAUUGGCAUCGUAGCCAACACUGUCCUGCUUCUGUUCCACAUUCUCACAUUUCUCCUCAAGCACAGGCCCAAGCCCCUGGACCUGACCAUCAGUCAGUUGGCCCUGAUCCACCUGGUGAUGCUGGGAACCAUGGGCUUCAUAGCUCCAGACACUUUUGGGUUUGAGGACUGGUGGAGUGACCUCAUGUGUAAAUUAGUUUUCUAUGUAAACAGAUUGAUGAGGGCCCUCUCUCUCUGUACUACUUGCCUGCUGAGUGUUCUCCAGGCCAUCAUGCUCAGCCCUAGAAACUCUUGUCUGGCAAUAUUUAAGCAUAAAUCCACACACUAUUACCCAUGUUGCCUUGGCUUUUUAUGGGUCUUCAAUAUGCUCCUGAAUACUCGUUUCUUAGUCUCCAUUGGGGCCACCCCAAAUGUGACCUCACACAGUCUCAUGUUUGUCACUGAAUCCUGCUCUCAGUGGCCUAUCAGUUACUUGUUCAGGUACAUGUUUUUCUCAUUAGCGAACGUUCAGGAUGUCUCCUUUAUAGGGCUGAUGGCUCUCUCAAGUGGAUACAUGGUGAGUCUCUUGUCCAGGUAUAAGAGGCUGCUCCAGCAUCUUCACAGCACCAAUCUUUCUCCAAAAUCAUCCCCAGAGGAUAGGGCCACCCGGACCAUUCUGGUACUCAUGGGUUUCUUUACAUUUAUGUACUUUUUGGACUGUGUGAUUUUCUCAGUCUCUGGGAUAUUGUGGAAGAAUGAUCCCAUUCAUCUUUGUGUCCACAUGAUUGUGGACAAUGGUUAUGCCGCAAUCUGUCCUUUUGUCCUAAUGAGUAAUGAGAGACGAAUGAUGAGAUGCUUAAUAUCUAGGUGGAAAAGAUAG